UUGGGGCAGAGGCCGCUGCUUUAGCGCGAAAGAACAGGAGCUGGAGAAUCCAGGAGGCUUACAUGGGUUUUGUGAACAAAAGAUAAUCGGUGUACAUUCAUUUAGAAAAGAUAAUGUGGGCGGAUACUAAAGGUGAACCUGCCUACGGUGGUUAGCACCCUAGAGCCACCUCACCGGACAGGACCCUGAAGGCCGUCUAGCGUAUCGACCUAAUACUUGAACAUUUUUAAGAACAUCCCCAACGUGCGGUGGUCCAGUGGAUGCUUAAUAUCUUCCGGUGGUUGGUAACGUUUGGGCUACCCAUCGGUCCAGUUUAUUCAUUUAGGCGUUGGACGCGCGUAUCUAGAAAAACGAAUGACACCCGCCCUGACAGCGGGAAGCCAACACCUAGAAACAGUGUAACGACGUGGUUCGGGUGCAUUGAGUAUAAAAAGGGGCGUGGCUAGUUCUACAAGAAGGAGUAAGGAGAGCUUCUUAGAGAAGGUGACAGUUGAAAUGACUCUUGAAAUAGAUGUUUUCUUAUCGUCUUCGGGGGGAAAAGGCAGAGCAGCAUGAGCAGAGGGCGAGUUUUUGCUGUUAUAGAUUGAAUUUUUUUCCACUCCCCACAGGAAAGCUUAGAUAUGCCAACAAUAGCAAUUACAAAAAUGAUGUCAUGAUCAGAAAAGAGGCUUAUGUACAUAAGAGUGUAAUGGAAGAACUAAAGAGAAUUAUUGAUGACAGUGAAAUUACAAAAGAAGAUGAUGCUUUGUGGCCUCCUCCUGACAGGGUUGGCCGGCAGGAGCUUGAAAUUGUAAUUGGAGAUGAACAUAUUUCUUUUACUACAUCAAAAAUAGGUUCUCUUAUUGAUGUAAAUCAGUCAAAGGAUCCUGAAGGCCUUCGAGUAUUUUACUAUUUGGUACAGGACCUGAAAUGUUUAGUUUUUAGUCUUAUUGGAUUACAUUUCAAGAUUAAACCAAUCUAAAGUAUAUGUUGUUUGAAGCUGUUUUUAUAUUUAAUUAAGGGAUGGGUAAGGGAGGGUUCAUUU